UCGACAUGAGUCAACUAGCCUAUUUAUGGACUUUCAAGUCUAUUUUUAUUUUUUGAUUUUAUAUCAUAGGAAUUACAUACAGGCAGACAUGCCGCUAGGUAGCCAGCGAUCACUGUGGCUCAUAGAGUUUCUCAUAACUGGGAAUCCGGUUCCGGCGAGAAUUUCAAUUAUUAAAUCAUCCUGCUACAAAGUUAAAAGACAUGUAACAGACAAGGAUUUUAUAGUCAGUGAUGUUCAUAAAUAUCUAUGCAAUCGGAAAAUAAUCUUAAUCACAGAAUACUAGUACAAGAACAAAUAUUUUUGAUAUAGUCUGCUCAUUAUAUAUUGAAGAACUUAACUGUUCCUACUAUGCAUCUGUAUUAUAAUAGGUUAUUGCUGUUAUUAAAUAACAGACUAACAAAAAUGAAAUCAUAACUAUUUUUUUCCUAGAGUUUUGGUUGUGAGCUGUGGCGUGCUCAGUCUGGGCAAAAUGACGUCCGGGCAGCCACAAUGCAUCGAUGACUCCCAGUGCUCCAGCGGAUUCUUCUGUGAGGAGAUACUCCACACUUGUCAAGAGUGUGUCCGCUGUGGGGAUCUGCAACGCGAGACGCUGGUGCCUCCAGACUAUUGCGUUAAAUCCGUCCUCGAUUGCGGUGGUUGUUUAAAAGGAUUUGUAGAAGAUCUGCGAAUAGACCAUGCAUGCAUUCCGUUCAGCGAGAGAGCGAAAGGAACGAGCGGCGGCAGCCUGCUGCCAACUUAUGCCUGGGUUUUAAUAGUUCUCUCACUUCUCGUCGUUCUUACAAUAAUAUCCAUCUAUAUAUUCAAGAAAGAAACGUUGUUUUCGUACAUCUGUAAAAUACGUACUUCGACCCACGCGUCGGUACAAAGCCGGUGUAAUUACAACGGAGUCGUCGCCGCGCCCGCAACCGCGCCGCCCGCUCAGGAGCCCCCGCCCGCGUACGACCUGUACUACCCGUCCGAGCGACCCGUCUCGCCCAGCGACGCCGGCGACCACAAUACCCUGCCUGAAGAGUCGUCGGAUCCGUUCAUAAAACGCAUGCCUGCAACGCCAGCGCACUGGGCUCGCCUGUCGGCCGACAACCAGGCCGCGAUCCCCUUCAACAACCCUAGCUACAUCCGCGGGCCUGCCCCCGGAUUGGGUGGAGUGGAAGAGUCAGGUCCGGUUUCUCCUUUCCAACCACAUGAUGAAGACACCAUGGAGAGCCUCUGGACCCCAAACGAGUCUGUUAACAAUGGCUAUGUAGUGGAGGUCCCGUCGUCUCCGUCGACGGGCGCAGAAGCAGCAGGCGGCGUUGCCAGCUCGGUGCGGUCCGUCGCCGACUCCGGUCCGCCCGCCAAGGUCGCCCGCCUGGGAGAGGAGUCUAACAACAAUCGCGGCCGCGAGUCUGGAAACAGCGGGGCGGGCUCCUUGCACUCGCCGUCGCCCACGUCCUCCUCCGCGCCGCAACGUUUUAUCUUCAAUUUGAACGUCACCAAUGUAGCCAAUGUACUCAACAACGCAACGGCUUCAACAAAAACACUGAAUUAA